AUGCACUCCAGCACCCCUAUCAGUUCCUUGUUCUCCUUCACCAGCCCUGCAGUGAAAAGGCUGCUGGGCUGGAAACAAGGAGAUGAGGAAGAAAAGUGGGCGGAAAAAGCUGUUGAUUCCCUGGUGAAGAAGUUAAAGAAGAAAAAAGGUGCCAUGGAAGAACUGGAAAGGGCUCUGAGCUGCCCAGGUCAGCCCAGUAAAUGUGUCACGAUCCCACGUUCCUUAGAUGGGCGGCUGCAGGUGUCUCACCGCAAGGGACUUCCCCACGUCAUAUACUGCAGAGUGUGGCGCUGGCCUGAUUUACAGUCUCACCAUGAAUUGAAACCACUGGAAUGUUGUGAGUUCCCAUUUGGGUCAAAGCAGAAAGAAGUGUGUAUUAACCCCUACCAUUACCGGCGAGUGGAAACUCCAGUCCUACCUCCUGUACUUGUUCCAAGACACAGUGAGUUUAACCCUCACCUCAGCCUCCUUGCCAAGUUUCGAAACACUUCUCUACACAGCGAGCCUCUGAUGCCACACAAUGCUACCUAUCCUGAUUCUUUUCAGCAUCCUCCAUGCACCCCUUUUUCGUCAUCACCCAGCCACAUGUUUUCCCAGUCACCUAACAGCAUCAGCUAUCCCAACUCACCAGGAAGCUCUUCUGGACCAGGAAGUCCCUAUCAGCUCACAGUGGAAACUCCACCCCCACCUUACCAUGCAAGAGAACCUCCAGGAACCCACAAUGGGCAGUCAAUGGAUGCAAUAGCUGAAAGUCAGCUAGUGUUGUCUUUGCCCAAUGGAGGUAAAUCUGCCGAUGGAGAAGCUGAAAACUUUCGGCCGGUUUGCUAUGAGGAACCCCAACACUGGUGCUCAGUUGCCUACUAUGAACUAAAUAACCGGGUAGGGGAGACUUUCCAGGCUUCCUCUCGAAGUAUUCUUAUAGAUGGAUUUACAGAUCCCUCAAAUAACAAAAACAGAUUCUGCCUCGGACUGCUCUCAAAUGUAAACCGCAACUCUACUAUAGAAAACACCAGGAGACACAUAGGAAAAGGUGUUCAUCUUUACUAUGUUGGUGGGGAAGUUUAUGCUGAAUGUGUCAGUGACAGCAGUAUUUUUGUGCAAAGCCGCAACUGUAACUACCAGCAUGGUUUCCACCCAGCCACUGUCUGCAAGAUCCCCAGCGGCUGCAGCCUCAAGAUCUUCAACAACCAGCUCUUCGCCCAGCUGCUUGCCCAGUCAGUCAAUCAUGGUUUUGAAGUGGUGUAUGAGCUUACCAAGAUGUGUACUAUUCGAAUGAGCUUUGUUAAAGGCUGGGGAGCAGAGUAUCAUCGACAAGAUGUUACAAGCACACCCUGCUGGAUUGAGAUCCACCUGCAUGGACCACUGCAAUGGCUGGAUAAGGUGCUGACUCAGAUGGGCUCACCUCAUAACCCCAUCUCUUCAGUCUCUUAA